GACUGUGCUCAGUUUCGGGAGCAGAGGAUUUGAGUUAAAUAAACCGAGUACACUGCUGAACGUUUCCAGUGCUUGUAGCAAACUGAGCCGCCAAUUUUACCAUUAAACUAAUAUUUGUUUACAUGCUAACUCGCUAGCAUUUCGCUUCAUUUCGGCGACAGCUUGAACUACAUUAUUAUCGGCCAGACUGGCUUUGCGUUAUUUUGCACUAAAUGUCUCCCGCUAAACACAGCUGUAAGCUAAACUGACUGUAACCGUGUUUCGGACGGCCUUGUAAUUAACGUUGUGCCAAAUGGAGUACACAACGUUAAUUAGCCAACUAGCUACGUAACGUUAGCGCCGAGCAUUGACAGGUCGGCAGGCAGGCGAAACCCUGCGUGCCGUGUCCACUGACUGCACUGCCCUUUUCACACUAUCCAGCGAGACAGCACGGAUUGCAGUGAAAGGGAAAGAAAGGCAAGAGGAGAAAAGGCGAUGACAGCACUACAAGACACCGAGGAUGCCAGUGAAACAGACCUUGCCAAGCACGACGAGGAUGACUAUGUGGAAAUCAAAGAGCAGAUGUACCAAGACAAACUGGCCUCUCUGAAAAGACAGCUACAGCAAUUACAAGAAGGUACACUGCAGGAGUAUCAGAAGAGGAUGAAGAAGCUGGACCAGCAAUACAAAGAGAGACUCCGAAAUGCAGAUCUGUUUCUGCAGCUUGAGACAGAGCAGGUUGAGAGGAACUACAUCAAGGAGAAGAAGGCAGCGGUGAAGGAGUUUGAUGAUAAAAAGGUUGAACUGAAGGAAAACCUAAUUGCAGAGCUGGAGGAGAAAAAGAAGAUGAUUGAGAACGAGAAAUUAACAAUGGAGCUGACAGGCGAUUCAAUGGAGGUAAAACCUAUCAUGACACGGAAACUGAGGAGGCGGCCCAACGAUCCGGUCCCAAUACCCGACAAACGAAGAAAACCUGCACCAGCUCAGCUAAACUAUUUGUUAACGGACGAGCAGAUAAUGGAAGAUCUAAGAACACUGAAUAAGCUUAAGUCACCGAAACGGCCAGUAUCUCCUUCAUCUCCAGAGCACGUCCCCUCUGCCCCCAUGGAGAGCCCCUCCCAGCGUUACGAGGCCCGCAUCGAGGAGGGCAAACUUUACUACGACAAAAGAUGGUACCACAAGAGCCAGGCCAUCUACCUGGAGUCAAAGGACAACACAAAGAUCAGCUGUGUCAUCAGCUCAGUGGGAACCAAUGAGAUUUGGGUCAGAAAGACGAGCGACAGUACAAAGAUGAGGAUCUACCUGGGGCAGCUGCAGAGGGGAGCCUUCGUCAUCCGUCGACGAUCGGCAGCAUGAAGCAUCGAAUCAACCCCAUCUGUUUAUUUAUCCAUCCAACCAUCCAUCCACUCACUUAUUCAUCUGCUGUUUCCCUGUAUGGUGUUUGAGUUUAACAUGUGGCCUCUUAUUUCAGAUCUCAUGUACAGUCUCCCCAUCACCCAAACAUACGCGCAGAUACAGUCUUCCGUGGCCAAAAUCUCUCAUUUUUCUAACACAAACCAAAUACUACUACAGUAAACAAAAGGGGUCAUAUACACUGUUUUCCAGCAUUAUUUGUCACUAUGUGGCAUGUGUGUGAAAGCAGUUCCAGCCUACUUUGAUUGCCGUCGUCACAAACCUUUUCCAUACCGCACGGUCUAAGUUAUUUUUCUCAACCUGCCUCACGUUGACCCACGGAAACCGUCUUCAAGGCUUUCAAACGUCUCACAGGUGACAUGUGACAAAGCAAGCACUGGAAAAAAAAAGCAGAGGAGGAGCUGCUUCGGGUUUAACCGAAGAUCAGAAGAACGUUGUGCAAGUCGUCACGCCAUUUGGAAGAAUAUGCCUUUUUUUGCACUGUCAUCGAGACACUGAGGUUGCUUGCUAUGCUGAUGUUUUUUUUUUUUUUACAAAUAACCUGUUUAAAUGCCCUUUCUGUUGUUAUUUGGAAGAAAAAGAAAAAAAAACAACAUAUUUUGAAGUUUAAUGUUAAUUUUUUUUUUGUCAUUUGACCCUCUUCAUAUGUGAACAACCUGGGUUAGUUCAGCUGUAUUAUAGUAAGAUUACUGUUGAUUUGUACUGUGUUCCAUUUUAUUAAAAUGCUUUUCGCCUUUUAUUAAGUAAA